GAACGGGACGGUAUAUACUUGAAGGUGUAAGGAGAAAAUUUGUGAUAUAGUAGCCAAAAGAUAUCCAUGAUAAUGGCGCAUGGGAGUCAAAGGUGGAAGAUUUAUUGAGACCAAUGGCGGACAGCCAGCCGGUGAUGACUGAGGAGGCGGAGACGGUGCACACGGCCAGCGCCGGUGGCGCCGAGGCCAUGUUCUCCACGCUCGACCUGGUGGUGCUGGCCUCUCUGGCGCUGGCGGCCGUCUACUACCUGAUCCUGAGGAAUCGGAAAAAGCAAGAAGAACAAGCUUCGAUGCAAACGUUCACCAUCACAGCCAGCUCCAUGCCACUGGCCACGACCGAGGACUCCUUCAUCGACAAGAUGAAGACCUCUGGCAAAAACGUGCUGGUGGUGUACGGCAGCCAGACGGGCACUGCCGAGGAGUUCAGCACGCGCAUCUCUAAGGAGUGCCGCCGAUACGGCAUGCGCGGUCUGGUAGCCGACCCGGAAGAGUGCAGUAUGCAGGACCUGCCGCGGCUCACCGAGGUACCCGACCACCUGGCCGUGUUCGUGCUGGCCACCUACGGCGAGGGCGACCCGUCCGACAAUGCCCAGGAGUUCUUCGAGUGGCUCAAGGACGCGGAUGUCGACAUGGCCGGCGUCAAUUACACGGUGUUCGGUUUAGGGAACAAAACGUAUGAGCACUAUAACGCCAUGGGCAAAUACGUAGACAAGCGCUUGGAGGAGCUGGGCGCGGUCCGCGUGUUCGAGCUGGGACUCGGCGACGACGACGCCAACAUUGAGGAGGACUUUUUGUCGUGGAAGGAGCGCAUGUUCCCGCACGUCAAGGAAUAUUUGGGCAUCGAGGACUCCGGCGAGGAAGAGAAGCGUCAGUACGAGCUCAAGGUCCUAGAAGACAUCAACCACAACGAUAUCUUCAGCGGCGAGGUGGCCCGUCUGCGGUCCUACACCAAGCAGCGGCCGCCGUUCGACGCCAAGAAUCCGUACCUGGCGCCGCUGCGCGCCAGCCGGCGGCUGCAGCGCGGCGGCGACCGCGAGCUCAUGCACCUCGAGCUGGACAUUGAGGGGUCGCGCAUCCGAUACGAGGCCGGCGACCACGUGGCAGUCUACCCCACCAACGACCCGGCAUUGGUCGAGAAGCUUGGCCAGCUGUUCAACGUCAACCUGGACACGAUCUUCUCGCUCGAUGCCAUUGACCCGGACACGGCCAAGAAGCACCCGUUCCCGUGUCCGACCACCUACCGCACGGCGCUGCUCCACUACCUAGACAUCACCAGCGUGCCUAAACACUUCGUCUUGAAGGAGAUCGCCGACUACGUCACGGACCCCGAGGAGCGGGAGCGGCUGCUGCUGAUGUCGUCCUCGUCGGAGGAGGGUAAGGCCGCCUACCAUGACUGGAUGGUCAACCCGUGCCGGACGCUGGCCCACCUGCUGGAGGACAUGCCGUCCUGCCGGCCGCCGCUGGACCUGCUCUGCGAGCUGCUGAACCGGCUGCAGCCGCGCUACUACUCCAUCUCCUCCAGCUCCAAGGUGCACCCGACGCGGAUCCACGUGACGUGCGUGCAGGUGCGCUACGCCACCAGCACGGGCCGCACCAACCUGGGCGUGGCUACCACUUGGCUGCUGAACCACAAGACGAGCGACCAGCCGCUGAACGACGAGGCGCCGCUGCCCCGGGACGUGCGCGUGCCCUGCUUCGUGCGCAAGUCACAGUUCAGGCUGCCGUCUCGCUCCCAGACGCCGGUGAUCUUGAUCGGACCCGGCACUGGCUUCGCCCCGAUGCGCGGCUUCAUUCAGGAGAGGGCCUUCCAAAAACAACAAGGCAAAGAGGUCGGAGAGACGUGGAUGUUCUAUGGAUGCCGCCACAAAGCCGAGGACUACAUUUACGAGGAAGAGCUGCAACAGUUUGAAGCGGACGGUGUGAUCAAGCUGUCGGUGGCCUUCUCCCGGGACCAGGAGCACAAGGUGUACGUGACGCACCACCUGCGCGAGCACGCCGCCGACGUGUGGCGAAUCCUGGGCGAGCAGCACGGCAACGUGUACGUCUGCGGCGACGCCAAGAGCAUGGCGCGCGAUGUCAACCACCUGCUGACGGAGAUCUGCCGGGAACGCGGCGGCAUGAGCCAGGACGAGGCCGACAAGUACAUCAAGACGAUGCGUUCGCAGAAGCGCUACUCGGAGGACGUGUGGAGCUAGGUGGCGGGCCGCCUAGACGUGCGGAGGGCAGGUCCCGGCCGAGACUGUCAGGCCAGGUCGCGGCCUGGUCAAGGUCAGGUCACGGUCAGGUCGCGACCCGGUCACGACCAGGUCACGGCCUGAUCACGACCUGGUCAUGGUCAGGUCGCGGUUUGAUCACGGCCUGGUCAUGAUCAGGUCGCGACCAGGCCACGGCCAGCCCACGGUCAGGUCAAGACCUGGUCACAACCAGGUCAUGGCCAGGUCACGGCCUGAUCACGGCCAGAUGAUCAGGUCGUGGUCAGGGCAUAUAAUCGCGGCCCGCCGGCGACCGGCUCAGGGCUGAGGCGGCGGCAGGCGUUCAGUUACGGCGGCCCCGGGGCGCGUUGGCCGGGACGGGCGGGUCGCCGGCGCCGGGGGCUCGAGAUUCGACGGGAGCCCGCCGGCGCUGUGGCGUAGUAACGGGACCGCUCAACGGCAGCCUGUAGUCGGUAGUCCUGUUGGCCCGCGCGCCGACUGCGGCGCCGAUCGAUUGGCAUCUUCUCUUGAUUUUCUGCAGAAUACCGGCUGGCUUCAGGUGUACCCAGUAGAGAAUAGGGAUUGUUAUUGUCGUAUGAAAUGACCAUGUCACGUCCCGUGAUGUGUAGGAAUACUAUAUUAAUACAGCGGCACUGCGGCAUCGCCACCGAUCCGCGCCAGCAAUGAAAAACAA